UCUUUGUGGUCAUGAAUUGACUGCCGAGCGCGCCGCGCAGCCCAAGCCAGAGUGGUGCCUCUGGAGCUGGAAGUUGUGCGCGUGAGAGGAUUUGUGAAAACCCUUUUUCUUUUUCCUUUCGCGGGAACCCCCAUCAUGCUCUUUCGCCGUAGCGAGGAGAAAUCUAAGGAUGAAACUGCUUUGGAGAGCUAAAAUGAUCUCGAUUCAGGACUGGGGUGAAGAGGUAGAGGAAGGAGCUGUUUACCAUGUCACCUUGAAAAGGGUGCAGAUUCAACAAGCAGCCAAUAAAGGAGCGAGAUGGCUAGAGGUUGAAGGGGACCAAUUGCCUCCAGAGCAUACUGUCAGCCAGUACGAGACAUGUAAGAUCCGGACAAUAAAAGCUGGUACCCUAGAGAAGCUUGUGGAGAACCUGCUGACAGCUUUUGGGGACAAUGACUUUACCUACAUCAGCAUCUUUCUGUCAACUUAUAGGGGUUUUGCCUCUACCAAAGAGGUACUGGAACUUCUCCUUGACAGAUAUGGAAACCUGGAAACCUCAAACUGUGAAGAAGAUGGGAGUCAGAACUCUGCCGAGACCAAAACAGUACUCAGGAACGCGAUAGCCUCCAUCCUAAGAGCAUGGCUAGACCAGUGCUCUGAAGACUUCCAGGAGCCACCCCAUUACCUUUGUUUGCGGAAACUUCUGGAUUAUCUGACGCGAUUCAUGCCAGGGUCAGACCCAGAGAGAAGGGCGCAGCAUCUGUUGGAGCAGCUUCAGAAACAAGAACUGGUGAAUGACAAUGGGAUCCUUGAUGCGCUUGCCCUUGAGGAAGAAAUGGAGAUUUGUGGAUCAGAGGAGUUCUCUGUUUUCCCAGAGGACCUUGUGGCAGAACAGCUAACCUACCUGGAUGCUAAACUGUUUAAGAGAGUGGUACCGCAUCACUGUUUGGGCUGCAUCUGGUCUCGGAGGGAUAAGAAAGAAAACAAGCACUUGGCCCCUACCAUCAGAGCCACCAUUGCACAGUUCAACGCCGUGACCAAAUGCGUCGUUAGUACUAUCCUGAAUGGCAAGGAACUGAAAACACAGCAGCGAGCCAAGAUCAUAGAGAAGUGGAUCAAUAUUGCACAUGAAUGUAGGAUCUUGAAGAAUUUUUCCUCUUUGAGGGCCAUUGUUUCAGCUCUGCAGUCCAACUCCAUAUAUCGGUUAAAGAAGACAUGGGCAUCCGUCGCAAAGGAUGGCGUGCUGAUGUUUGAAGAACUGUCGGAAAUUUUCUCAGACCAUGACAACUAUCUGACAAGCCGGGAGUUGCUAAUGAAGGAAGGAACUUCUAAGUUUGCAAAUUUGGACAGCAGCGUGAAAGAGAACCAGAAGAGAACUCAGAGGCGGCUUCAGUUGCAAAAAGAUAUGGGCGUGAUGCAGGGCACUGUUCCUUACCUUGGUACUUUUCUGACUGACUUGAUGAUGCUCGACACAGCUCUGCAGGACUACGUUGAGGGAGGGCUAAUAAACUUUGAGAAGAGAAGAAGGGAGUUUGAAGUAAUCGCUCAGAUUAAGCUUUUGCAAUCUGCCUGUAACAGCUAUUGCAUGACUUCCGACAGAAAAUUCAUCCAGUGGUUCAGGAGACAGCAGCAUUUAACGGAGGAGGAAAGCUAUGCCCUUUCUUGUGAGAUUGAAGCAGCUGUCGAUACAACGACCACGUCGCCAAAACCUCGGAAGAGCAUGGUGAAGCGGCUGAGUCUGCUGUUCCUGGGGUCUGACCUGCUUGCCACAAGCACCCCUACCAAAGAGCAGCCCAAGUCUACUCCGAGCGGGAGUUCUGGGGAGAGCAUGGAUUCCGUCAGCGUGUCCUCCUGUGAGUCAAACCACUCUGAGUCAGAGGAUGUCUGCAUCACCCCCACUGACACUCCUGAUGAGCCUCAGAAGAAGCUCUCAGAGUCCUCCUCCUCUUGUUCCUCCCUCCAUUCCAUGGACACGUCUUCCUCAGGGGUGUCGUCUGUCACCAACCCACUCUCACUUCCACCGUCACUGGCCUGCAACCCCAAAAUUUAUCAGCACUCCAUCUCUGUCACCUCCACUACCUCAACCGUUUUGCCUCCUGUUUACAAUCAACAGAACGAAGACACGUGCAUCAUCCGCAUCAGCGUCGAAGACAACAAUGGGAACAUGUACAAGAGCAUCAUGUUGACCAGCCAAGACAAGACUCCCGCUGUCAUCCAGAGAGCGAUGUUGAAACACAACCUGGAGUCUGAUCCUGUGGAGGAUUAUGAGCUUGUGCAGGUCAUCUCCGAGGACAAAGAAUUGGUCAUCCCAGACAGCGCAAAUGUCUUUUAUGCCAUGAACAGCCAGGUGAACUUUGACUUCAUCCUACGGAAGAAAAACUCUCUCGAUGGUGAGGUGAAACUGCGAAGUCGAUUCAGCUUGACUCUUCCCAGAACCGCCAAAAGGGGGUGCUGGAGCAACAGAAACAGCAAAAUCAUCCUCUGAGAGUGCGCCAGGCGACACAAAAGAGAUGGAGGUUUAAAGACAACUAUUAAGGCCAUCCAGUAUUGUAAAGUGUUCAGAAAUGAAUGCGAUAGUAUUCAGCUUUGGGUAAUGCUGUUAAGCAUAUGUACAAAACGAGACUGAGUGGAAAAGAGAUCUAUAGCCACCUUUUUUUUUUUUUUUUUUGCACAGUGUUCAAGAAUACAAGGCCACUUUUUUGGCUAGGAAGGAAAAGGAACUGUGCACCCAACUGGACAGCCCUUCCAAGCCAGCUCUUCUUCAACUACUCUCAGUUCUCUCUUGUGCCAGUAUUAAUUUGGAGCACUCUGGAUUUUAUUAUUAUUAUUUUUUUAAGAAAUGGAAGAAAGCUGUGGUCAUUUAGGCUCCAUCUGUUAUUCACAGGAGGAGAAGGUGUGUAAGCUUGACGGCUGAAUUAAGAGCAGUGAAUAGAUGGUGCAGAUGGGCUGCCGGACUGCUACUACAGGAGAUGGAGCAGAGCUGCUGAAAACAGGGAGGACUCAGAUAUGGAUUUUCUUUUUAUAUUUUCUAGUUGAUGUUCUUUUUCAUAUUUAUAUAAAAAAAAGAAUAACAAACAAA